AUAAGAAAAGUGUACCGAUGAAAGAAUAACCUAUGAUGGAGUGCAUUGUCUCUCUGUCCCAAAGGAGUCUCACUCUUAAACUCCUAAUUUCCAACUCUCCAUUGUUAAGAUAAAAGCUUGAAAGAGAGAGCAAGCUUGGUUGAGAUGUUUGGUAUUGGUGUUUUCCUGCAAAAAAGAAUAACUUUUGUUGGAAGUUACCUAAAACCAAGGUAGCACAUUCGGAGAAAACAAAGAAAUGUUUGGUAUCACAUCACGGCUGGGACAAAUAUUCUUGAAGUUACUAGGCAAGGAGUGGAGGAAAAGGCAAAUUAGAAAGAUAACAGACCAAGUUUUUGAUCAAAUACAGAAUGAAGUGCGACCUGAUAAUUUGAGUUUUGUAGAUCUCUAUAUUGCUAUUUUACUUGUGUACAAUGGUAUCAACAAGUAUAUUCCUGGUUCCCAUUGUGAUCCUCCUUCAAAAGACAGAGUCAGACAAGCCAUUAAGAACUGUGAUGAGAACAAGGAUGGGCAAAUAAGUCGUGAUGAAUUUUUCGGUUUCAUCCAGCAAAUGGCACCUGAAACAUUCAAUGUUGUUCGUAAAAAGCUUGUAGCCACAUUGGUUGUUGCACCAACAGUUGCAGCAACAACAAAAAAAGCUACUGAACAAGUACCAGGUGUCGGGAAACUGGUGCAGAGGUUGCCCAAAGUAGUUUAUGCUGCCCUUUUAACAAUUGCAGCUGUGUGGUUCCAAGAGACCAAUAAGGAUUCUGCACUCUAGUCAUUCAUUGGAGUAAUAAUAUCAUGAUACAUUUUUA